AUAUUUCAAUAUUUAAUCUUUAAUCUGCAAUAUCACCCCCAAAUGCAUUAUUCUUAUUCUUAUAUUUUCACUCCAAAUCCUCCCAAUCUUGCAUAAAUAAAUAAAAUGCUAAAACAACGGCAGAACUGUCUCUUUCUCAACUCCGCAGUAUUUACACGUGUAUGAAAUGUUUUCUUUGUUUGUUUUUUACAAGACAUUUUCUCUUUUUUCCAGUGGCAAAAGCAUCAGCGUCAUGAAUGUGAUCCGCGCGUCUUUUCAAAAGCCUUUAGAAAGGGGAGGAGCUAGUCAAAUAAAGGCUGGCUAUAAAUUCUGCCUCGCUCCCUCCGCUGACUCAGUCAUUGAUACUUGCUGGAGUGCGGAGAGUGUUGUCUUCCGUGGACAUUCGGUUCUCACGGGACGUCUAAACUUGCUAUACAUGAUUUACUCUCACUCUGCUGGAACAAGCGCAUAAACGCAGUGCUCAUAGCCACUGGUUUAUAAAUUUCUCUUAUGGUUUUUUCUCGGGUCACUCCUUUAGGAGUGUGCAGUCCACCUGCUGUCCGGUCAAACUGCGCGUCUCAACGCCAAUGGAUUACAGUAACCUGAUGGCGCCUCCAGUGCCGCCGCACAAACCCAAAUCCCCCCCGCCUGCGCACUCUCAAGGGCGGCUGUUAAAGUGUGUAUUUCUCGGGGACGGAGCUGUGGGGAAAACCAGCCUGGUUGUCAGCUACACAACUAAUGGAUAUCCGACUAAAUACGUCCCGACAGCGUUCGACGAUUUCUCUGCGGUCGUACAGGUGGAUGGUCAGCCAGUGAGACUGCAGCUUUGUGACACUGCUGGACAGGACGAAUUCGAUAAGUUUCGUCACUUCUGCUACACAAGGACCGAUGUCCUCCUGCUGUGCUUCAGUGUGGUCAGCCCAGCCUCCUUUCAGAACAUUGGUGAAAAAUGGGUCCCAGAGAUUCGCCGCCGUUGUCCUCUUACACCCAUGCUGCUGGUGGGCACCCAGUGCGACCUUCGGCAAGACGUCAAGGUCCUCAUCGAACUGGCACGCCGCCGCGAGCAACCCGUACCAGAGGAGGACGCCCGUGCCUUGGCGGAGAAAGUUGGUGCGAUAGCCUAUGUGGAAUGCUCCGCCCUCACUCAAAAAAACCUGAAAGAGGUGUUCGAUGCCGCCAUCUCCGUGGGCCUCCGGCAUUCUGACAGAAGAGCCAAGCGGGAACGUAAGGUCCACAGUACUGCAGAUAAAAUGAAAAUGCUUUCAAAGUCAUGGUGGAAGAAAUACAUCUGCAUACAGUAGCAACAAUCGAAGAUUGUACAUUGAUGCAUGAACAAUGUGAAAGAUCCUUGCUUGGCAUACUUCACACUCAUGUUGAUGAUAGAUCAUUGAUAAGAAUCAACGUUGGACAUUGUUGCUGCUGAAAAGAGACUAAGAAAAAAAAAUUAUGCUGAUAUUACAAUUGGCUAGGGAAGGUACAGCAACCAGCUUCCCUGUACCCAACAGUAAAUUACUUCCCCAACAGCCAAACUAGAAAUUGAAGGAUGUUGUUGGGAUAUUUAAAAGCCAAAACAUCUCUGAUUAUGGAUUGAAAAAUCAUCUACUGCUUUUGUUUGUAUAACCAAAUAUUGUGCCAUGGUUUCUAUUUAUUUACCCAUGCCUUCUAACUGAUUAAUGCAUGUACGAACAUUUGGGUGACCACAUGUUAAUUUAACCUCUACAUCCCAAUGCCAGUUUUAAAGGAGUUUAGAGGCCACCAGUAAUCUAUGUCUACACUUGUGUGGUACUCCUAACCCAAAGCAUCAGUGGACAGUCUUCAAAUGAAUCCAUUCAUAACUAUGGGCCUAAACAUGGCCGUUUUGAUCCGUUAUUGUUGAGACUUUUUGUUCCAGCUUGGAGUAAUUGAAAUUUAACUUUGCCUUUGCAUUGUGAUUGUACUGGUUUCUGGUUUUCCAGGAAUUGGUAACUGUAUCAUGCAUAGCCCAUUACCUUAAUAUGCCAUACAAUGCAUUACACUUGUUAACAUCAAUUCUCUCUUUUUUUUCUUUUUUUUUUUUAUAACUGUUAUAACUAUUAUUCAUAGUCUAGUUUUUUCACUUGACUACUCUAAUGUGCCAUGUUUUAAGACAUCUCUAAUACAAAGUUAUUUGGCUAGGUGUCAUGCUGUUUAACCGGUGGAAAUAGGUAUGAACAGCCAAUGAGAUUUGUUAAAUUUGCUUCUCAUUUUUCAGAAGCCCAAUCAGAGUAAUUUAGUCAUACUUCAAUCUCAAACAAUAGAGCGCAACUGGAGGGUUCUCAGGAGUAAAAUCCCAUUAGUUUUCUGUAUUGAGAUAGAAAUACCAUGGGUUAAGCAAUUGGAUAUGCUUCUGUAGAAGACUUAUAUCAAUGGGAUUUCAACUUUUAAAAGUACUACACUACUCACAAUAAGUUGAAACACUCUAAUCAGGGAAGUCACUGCUAGUUUGGAAACAUGAAUUGCAGGAACCUCACUUAACCGUGAAUGCCCAACUCCCAUAAAGCAUUGUGAAGUAAAAUCAGUUGAAUAUCUGUACAAAAAUGUAUCUAAGAAAUUUGAGUGUUAUUGAGAGUGACCGCAUCAAACCAGAAUAUAUAACUUUACAGCAGAGAACCAACACAACUAAAAUGGCCUAAUUUCUGUAAUUUAAUUGAAAAAUUGUGAUAUCAGCAGCAUUUAACCAAUUAAUUCACAACAAAACUUGUACAGUCCAGGGUCACCUUGGAGCACUAGUGAGUGAUGACUCAAACUAAUCUUCUGAACGAACCAAUUUGUUAAAAUUAAAUGACGUAUAUUUAAAAAUGUAUUUAUCUUCUCGAGAUUCAGUAGUUUCAUAUUGUACCAACAUUGCUGAUUCAAUUACGCCAUCGCAAUGCAUCAUGGAUUAGUAGUUCAGUCAAUCAUAAAUUAAGUACACAAUCUUUUAUAUUUUGUCUUUUAUUUCCAUCACUUUUUUCAAACAGUUCUUUGCUUCAAGUCAAUGUUGUAAUGUUGACAUUAAUUUCUGAGCUGGAUGGUUUGAUUCAAGGAUCAUUAUUGCCUAUGUAGAAAAUUAAUGGGGGAAAAUACUUCCAAAACCAAAGCUGCUUAAACAGUGGGCACUGUCACUGUUGCGCUCUGUACAUUCACACAUCAGGAAGUGGCUUCUGUUCUUUAUGUACUUCAUUGCCACACCGAUAACAUUAUCAGGGUAAUCUACUAUAGAUUUGUACAUUUUAUAUGAUUGCAUUUAAUUGUCUCUCUUACUCUACAAACACGUGUAAAUGGUAUGAUUUUUAUGAGUGUUUUGGUUGCUGACUGCUAUCCAUGAUUUCUAUGGAAAAUAAAUGUGACAUUUUAACAGA